UUAUUUUUCCACUUCGGGUGACAGGUCCCAACCUACUGCAAGUUUGAAGGGCAUGUCUUUAAAUACAUAUUUCCCUCUUCCUACUUUUAAAAUCUUGAUCAUGCUCCACAAAACUUAACUGUUGACUCUGGUGGAUACCACUUGCACUUUCUUGUUGUUAUUUUUCUUUUUUGAGACAGGGUCUCACUAUGUAGUUUAGUCUGACCUCCAACUCACAGUGAUCCUCCUGCCUCAGCCUAGUGCUGGGAUUAUAGGUGUGCGCCACCACGCCCAGCUGCCACUUACACUUUUGAAAAACUUGCCCAGUGUGAGCUGCACAAAACUCUUGCACAGCCCUGAUCUUAACCAGCUCACACUGUCGUGGUGGACGUACCCCACGUCACUGAGGAGCAGUGAGUUGCCCAAGGUCAUCGUGUCCAUCCAGUGCUCUUCUGCUCCAGUUGGGACUCUCUGGAGCCAUACUUUCUCUGAGUAGGAAUGACACACCCUAGCCUGGGCACUUUCAGAAACACCUGAAGAGCUCAAAGGCCAUUGUGGAGGAAAGAAAUCAAUACAAAGCUCAGGUUCUGGGCAAUUCAGAUCCACCCCUUCCUGCUGAUUGGCUGGGGGGCCCAGCUUCCUCCACUAGGCCCCACCCCCAGCAGUGGCCUUGCCGGGCAGUCCUCUGCUUGUUUUUGUGGGUGUGGUUCCUGAGAUGAGGGGCAGGAAGGAGCUGCUUUGUUCCAGUCACCACCACUGGAAGCAGGUCAUUUCUUCCCUGACUGAACAGAGAAAGAGUGGCAGGCUGUUCCACUGGCUUCUUCCUAUGGCCCUCAAGGAGGGACUCAGCAAUGCUACAAGAGCACGGUUGGACAGUCCACUGUGGAGUACCCACGCCUGCAGGCAAGCAAGGGGAGUGGGCGUAGGGUGAGCGCUAAAGUUGGAACACAUUGAGAAGGCUCCUUAGGCAGCGCUAAGAGAUGUGGACUUGAUCUUUCAGUCAACAGGAAACCACAGAGUAACUCUUUCUGCAAAUUAUUUUCUCUUCAUUUUUCCUUCAUUAAAACAGCAAUUUAAGGUGAGAAAGAGAAUCUUCUGGCAGAUGACUGUGUGUGCACUUGGCCUCUUAGUCCUGCUCCUGUACUGGUUCCCUGUCAGGAAUCUGGAACUCCUGAUCCCCCUUGAUGUCUGCCCUUCAGCCACAAUGGCCCUGCUGAAAGACAACUUCACAGGUGAUCUUCGACUCUGGAACCGGCCUGACGUCCUGACCUGUACCUCCUGGAAGGCCCCCAUUAUUUGGGAUGGCACCUUCGACCCUGACAUAGCCCAGCGAGAGGUUAGACGGCAGAACCUCACCAUUGGGCUGACUGUCUUCGCGGUAGGCAGGUACCUGGAGAAGUACCUGAAACGCUUCCUGGAGUCGGCAGAGAAGCACUUCAUGGUGGGCCAGCGUGUGGUCUACUACGUGUUCACCGAGCAGCCGGCCGCCGUGCCCCGCUUGGCGCUGGGCCCCGGCCGCCAGCUGCGCGUGGAGUUCGUGGUGCGCGAGCGGCGCUGGCAGGAUGUGUCCAUGGCGCGCAUGCGCACGCUGCAUGAGGCGCUGGGCGGCCGGCUGGGCCGCGAGGCGCAGUUCGUGCUGUGCAUGGACGUGGACCAGCAUUUUACUGGCUCCUUCGGGCCCGAGGUGCUGGCCGACUCAGUGGCUCAGCUGCACGCCUGGCACUACCGCUGGCCGCGGUGGCUGCUGCCCUUUGAGCGGGACGCGCGCUCGGCCGCUGCGCUGGCGCGGCACGAGGGCGACUUCUACUACCACGCGGCCGUGUUCGGGGGCAGCGUGGCGGCGCUGCGCAGGCUGACGGCGCACUGCGCGCAGGGCCUGCGGCUGGACCGCGCGCGCGGCCUCGAGGCGCGCUGGCACGACGAGAGCCACCUCAAUAAGUUCUUCUGGCUGUACAAGCCCGCCAAGGUGCUGUCGCCCGAGUUCUGCUGGAGUCCGGAGAUCGGCAGGCGGGCGGAGAUCCACCAUCCGCGCCUGCUCUGGGCGCGCAAGGAGUACGCAGAGGUGCGCGACUAGCGCCAUCGCGGGGCCAGCCCAGCCGCCGCCGAACCCGGCGGCUUUGCCACCGGAACAUGCGGAGAGGGGCUUACAGGAGGGAGAGACCCUGUGACCGGUUCCAGGGAGCCCCUUCUGCAAGCUGCGCGGCAGGCGGGAGGCCAGGGAAACGUCGGAUGAAAGGACCCGCGUGCCUGGCCCUCACUUUGACGGGCGAUCCAAGUGCAGCAGCAACAGGACCCAGGGCAGACAGUCUGUGGACAUGUGACCUCCGACCUUACUGAAUUUGGCCGAUGCCGCCUGAGCCGAUGUUUUAGCUUCACCUCAACCCUUCCUUUAAGAGCGGAGCCUGUGAGACAAAGAGGGUUGUGUCUCCCACACACAGUCAUCGGUCGUCGUGGUGUCAGCGAUGGGGAACCAAUCCGGCUGCUGUGUGUGGGGGGGACGUGAACCAGAGGGAGAGACGCAGGGGGCGUCCCUGACCUGGGCCCUUUCUCCCUCUCUUGCCCAUAAGCAGGGAGACUGUAUGUGCUUGUCUUGAGUAAUUUUAUUUUUAAAUUUUUAUUUGUAUUUCUUUGGUACUGGGAAUCAAACCCAGAGGCUGCAUCCUCA